AAAGAAAACAUUUUUUUUUUUCUUGUUUAAAAAAAAGAAUUUAAUGGCUAUUGAAGAAAGAAACGAUUAUUUAGAUAGCAAACUUCACAUAGAAAAUAGAUACGAUUCUUUAUUGGCACUGAUUGAUACUAUUUAUCCACCACAAUUUUGUACUCUAUGUGAUUAUCUAUUUGAUUCACCUCACGACUUCAAACUUCAUUUUAAAGAAAAACAUAAGAAGCAACCUCGUUAUCUAUGUAUUCACCCACAUUGUGAUCAAAGAUUUAUAUCAAAAGGUGCUUUACGAUUUCAUAUUUCCCGUUCUCACUUGGUCAUUAAUGCACCAAAACAAGAACUUUUAAUUUAUCAUCAUCUUUCAUCCACUGCAUCAUCCCCAGCUACAUCACCCACCCAUUCGACUACACCUCCACCAUCCUUUGCUUUUUUACCAUCUUCCGCUUCUACCAUAUCCAUAUCAUCCACCACGACUUCAUCACCGCCUUUAAUAUCAAAAAAGAAUAGAAAGAAACAAGAAAAGAAAAUACUGCUGCUAGAUGAUGAUCUAUCAACACCUUCUCCUCCUCCUUCACCAUUUUCUUUAUAUAAUAGUAACAAAAAAUUAUCUAAAAAACCCACAUUAUCACCUGCUGCCGAAUCGUUUCUCAACUCCAUUUAUCCACCUACUCAAUGUCCAGCAUGCAUGAAAACAUUCAAUAGAAAAACAAAUGUCAUCAAACAUUUAACUCAGGCUCAUGCUGGAGAAGAGCCUUAUCGGUGCAUCUAUCCCAAAUGCACUCAUCCUAGACUAUACGCCACAAGGGAAGGAUUGGUUUAUCAUAUUGUACGUGUUCAUGAUGAACAAUAAAAAAAAUUUUUUUUUAUUAUUAUGCCAUCCAUUUCAAGCAUCUUGUUUCGCUAUGGGUUGAUAAACAUUUAGUGGAGCAGUAUUUCAUUCCACAUCUCAAGCAUUUAUAGUCACUAGGAUAUCCACACACUGAACAAAACUUUCUUGCUGGGUAUAUCGAAGGUGAAACAAGACAGGUUUGAUAACAGUGCGCUGUCACUGGCUACACACAUAUAAAUAUAUUAUGCAUUGUAAGCUAGUGUUUGUUUGUUUUUCUUACGCUUUCUUCUAAUAAGGCGUUCAAGUUUGUCUUGGAAGCAUACAUGUUGGUACCUCGCCUAUUUCUUGACUUGCGUGUUCCAAGACCU